AUGGCUGCUCUCCAGAGUCUCCGCUCCACAUACCGCCUGAAUUCGGGACAUGAGAUCCCCAUCCUCGGUUACGGCGUCUAUCUAAUUCCGUCCUCCAAGACCGAACAGACAACCCGAGAGGCACUGCGCCUCGGAUACCGCCAUGUCGACUCGGCAAUCAUGUACCGCAAUGAGAAAGCCUGCGGGCGUGCAAUCGCAGCGUCGGGUAUCGACCGAUCGCAGAUCUUCUUUACCACCAAGAUUCCCCCAGAGUCAAUGGGGUAUAACGCUACCAAACGGGCCAUUGACUCGAGUCUACGGACUGCGGAGCAGCAGUACUUUGACUUAGUCCUCCUGCACGCCCCCUACGGAGGCAAAGAAGCGCGCCUCGGCUCAUGGAAGGCUCUCGUGGAAGCGCAGAAGGCCGGGAAGACAAAGUCCAUUGGUGUCUCAAACUACGGCAUCCACCAUCUCGACGAGCUGGAGGAGUACAUCCAGUCUAGCGGUGACGCCAGUGUGAAGGACAGCAAGAUCGAUGUUGGGCAGUACGAAUUGCAUCCUUGGCUCGACCACUCUGAUAUCGUCGAGUGGUUGCAGAAGAGGAACAUUGUUGUUGAGGCUUAUUCCCCGCUUGCGCAUGGGACGAGGAUGCGCGAGCCGUUGUUGAAGAAAUUGGGCGAGAAGUAUGGCAAAAGCCCGGCGCAGAUCAUGAUUCGGUGGGGGCUGCAGAAGGGAUUUGUCCCGCUGCCGAAAUCAGUUACGCCGAGUCGCAUCCAGGAGAAUGCCGAGGUGUUUGAUUUCGAGUUGGACGAGGAGGAUAUGAAGGUCUUGCAUACGGGCGAAUACUCGCCGACGGACUGGGACCCUACCCAGGAUUAUGACUAG